CAUAGCCUCCGGGAGCGUGCGAAUGCCAAGGCUAAAAGGGAGAGCUGGAGAGGAGUGUGGCAGAGAUGUCUAUCGGCCGCCCCCCACCAGGUUUCCCCCUCCAGGUCUUCGCCUCCCGGCAAGCCAAAGACUCUGAAGAUCAAUGUUUCUUUCACUUGCCCCAAACUGCGUAUGAGCUCUCAGGCUGCCAGGGUGAUGAGGUUGUGUGGUGUCUGGACCUGGCUCUGGUCUCGGAGUAGGGGUGGAGGAAUCUUUCAGCCAAGGUUGCCAGUCGCGUACACCCCCGACUCGUGCCAGCCCACCAAGGUCCACCGACGGGAGCUGUAGAGAAGGCAAGCCAGGUGAGCACACCAGAGGCAAAGAUCCUAACUGGAUCAACCGACCAGUGGAAGAGAAGUGUAGGGGGUGGAAGGCCAGGGCAUUGCGUUUUGGGGAAAAUUCUGUGUGGGAUGCAAGAAAGAAGUAGCAAUAGCCAUCUUCCCGUCUACUCUGGAUUUCGGACACUCUGAGGGUCCUGGUGGCCUUAGGACAUGGUCUACAUCUUUUGGGAGACAGCUUCAGGUCCAGAGCUGAAUUGGAAGAGCUUGAGGCCCGACAGGACCCCUUAGUGGUUAGAGUGCACCAAAGGUUAGUGGCUGAUUCCAAAUUAAGAAUAGGGAGCACCCAAGGCGGGCUGGGGUGCACACCAUAAACACUCCACUUGUUAACUGCGCGGGGCCCAAGGGCCCUUCAAACAGACCCCGCAGGAGGACUCACGCCGGGCAUGGGCGGGGCGAGCCCAGGGGCCCGGCCCCCCACCAGCCAUGCUGAGGCAGCCCCCGCAGCUCCUGGCCUUUGGGCUGAGGUAUCGGGUGUGCGUCUUGCGGCCCAUCAAUACAGAUUACAUAUUUAUAUCAAUCGCGGGCUCGGAGGGCGCCCUCGGAGAGCGGCCCCGCGCCUACGAAACCAAACUGGGAGUGGUCGCGCGGAAACUCUGGCUCAGGAUUGGCUGCGGGCGCCCGCCGCGGUGCGGGGGGAUUGCUAAUCGUAUUCAGCAUGUUUUGCACAAGAAAUGUCAGCCAGAAAGAGCUAUCUGCUCCCUUCGCCAAAUUAUCCCACAACAAUGUCAUGCUCGGAGAGCCCCGCCGCGAACUCUUUUUUGGUCGACUCGCUCAUCAGCUCCGGCAGAGGCGAGGCUGGCGGUGGUGGCGGCGGCGCGGGGGGCGGCGGCGGCGGCGGCUACUACGCCCACGGCGGGGUCUACCUGCCGCCAGCCACCGACUUGCCCUACGGGCUGCAGAGCUGCGGGCUCUUCCCAGCUCUGGGAGGCAAGCGUCAUGAGGCGGCGUCGCCGGGCGGCGGCGGUGGCAACGGGGGCCUGGGUCCCGGGGCGCACGGCUACGCGCCCGCGCCUAUAGACCUGUGGCUGGACGCGCCCCGGUCGUGCCGGAUGGAACCACCCGAGGGACCGCCACCGCAGCAGCCCCAGCAGCAGCCGCCGCCCCCGCCGCAACCACCCCAGCCCCCGCCCCAGGCCACCUCUUGCUCUUUCGCGCAGAACAUCAAAGAGGAGAGCUCCUACUGCCUCUACGACUCGGCGGACAAAUGCCCCAAAGGCUCGGCCGCCGCUGCCGAGCUGGCCCCCUUCCCCCCGCGGGGCCCGCCGCCCGACGGCUGCGCCCUGGGCACCUCCAGCGGGGUGCCAGUGCCCGGCUACUUCCGCCUCUCCCAGGCCUAUGGCACGAGCAAGAGCUACGGCGGCGGCGGCGGCGGCGCGCUGCAGCUUGGCGCCGGCCCGUUCCCCGCUCAGCCCCCGGGGCGCGGCUUCGACCCGCCACCCUCGCUAGCCUCCGGCUCGGCGGAUGCAGCCCGGAAGGAGCGAGCCCUCGAUUCGCCGCCGGCCCCGACGCUGGCUUGCGGUGGCAGCGGCGGGGGCUCGCAGGGCGACGAGGAGGCGCACGCCUCGUCCUCAGCUGCGGAAGAGCUCUCCCCGGCCCCUUCCGAGAGCAGCAAAGCCUCGCCGGAGAAGGACUCCCUGGGCAAUUCCAAAGGCGAAAACGCAGCCAACUGGCUCACUGCAAAGAGCGGCCGGAAGAAGCGCUGCCCCUACACGAAGCACCAGACGCUGGAGCUGGAGAAGGAGUUUCUGUUCAACAUGUACCUUACUCGAGAGCGGCGCCUAGAGAUCAGCCGCAGCGUCCACCUCACGGACAGACAAGUUAAAAUCUGGUUUCAGAACCGCAGGAUGAAACUGAAGAAAAUGAACCGAGAAAACCGGAUCCGGGAGCUCACAGCCAACUUUAAUUUUUCCUGAUGAAUCUCCAGGCAACGCCGUUUUUUCGCUUCCAGAGAGCUGUUCUCCUCCCUCUGUCUUCGGCCUCUGCCCAGGAACUCGCACCUGUGCCGGAGCCCCAUUCCUCCCUCCCACACUCGCCAUCUCCUGGCCGUUACAUCUGUGCAGGGCUGGUUUGUUCUGACUUUUUGUUUCUUUGUCCGUUUGCUUGGUGCUGGUUUAUUUGUUGUUUUCUGGGGGAAAAAGCCAUAUCGCGCUAAAAUUCUAUAGAGAUAGAUAUUGUCCUAAGUGUCAAGUGGUGACUGGGAUGGUUUGCUGUCUCGGGGGGGUUCCAAUGCUCGAAAUGGCCCCUGUUUUCCCGGUGGAACUGGAGCUGGUUUCCUGCGGGGGGCCCCCCCGGGCAAACCUAGCCGGAAGGCCGAGGUCCCAUUGUAGGCUCUGAGGUGUCUGGCCUGAGGUCAAUGGUGCAAGGAGCCGCCACCGGGCUCGCCGGCCUGGAGUGCUGGGCUGUGUUUAAUCAGGGGAUACAGGCCUCUGGGUUUCUUUCUUCUUUCUUACUUUCUUCCUUGGCAAAGAGAAGGGCUUAUAGGCAUGGACAUGCAGGUUGGCAAAAGGGCUUGACUUCGGCUGACUGGAAAAUUGAAAAGUCAGAAAGAUUAAUUUUUCCUUCCUCUGUAAGAUAUUCCAGCUUUAAAAGGAACAAAAAGAAUGACCAGAAGAAGGAAACUUCUCUUCCAGUUUGUGUAAGGUCUUGCAUUGUGGAACUAAAUUAUUUCACUGACCCCUGAAUUUCCACAUCCUUCUGGCUGUAGGUAAAUAAUCUAAUGUAGUUUUGUUUAUACAUGCAGAUUUUUUGGUGAUUGAAUAACUGUUACCAGUGGUAACACACGACAAGCACACCACAAUUCUUCCUAACUGUGGAGGGUUUUUUUUUUUUUUCACUUUUUAAUUUUCUUCUUCUUCCUUCCUUCCUUUCUUUCUUUCUUUUUUUUCUUUCCAAAAUUCACAGAAGCCGAGGAGGGCAGGAGCAAGCAGAAUAGCUAGAGAAGGGAGACAUUGUUGGAUUUCCUUUAUACUGUGAAGUUACAUGCAUAAAAGGGUCAAACCUGUAGGUGCAGAAAAAGAAAAAACUAUAAAUACAAAUCUGUAUAAAUGUCUAUUAUUAUGAAAAAUUGCCAAUCUUGUUUUAUGCAAAUGCAUUCUAUCAUUAUUAUAAAUGUUAGUUCUAGUUCUAUUUACUUCUAAUCUUAAAUCAGAAUAAAUUAAUAUUGUAAUGCUGCUGUGCGUGGAAAAAAAGACGAUGUUUAUGUUCUUAUAGAAGAAUAAAAGCUGUGGAAUGAAGCUUUUUAA